AUGGAGCUUCAGUUUUGGCCUGAUUUGGUGCCUCUCUUGAAAAAGCUGAACAGUUGGAUGGUCCUGGUGGUUCUGGUCAUAUCGCUUUUGAUUAUUGACCUAGUGAGAAAGAGACGACCCAGGAAUUUCCCUCCAGGGCCGCAGCUCUUUCCUCUCGUGGGAACCUUUGUGGACUUUCAGCAGCCUCUCCAUCUUGCACUGCAGAAGCUUACGGGUCAGUAUGGGAACAUCUUCAGCGUGCAGUUUGGAAGUCUGACAUUCGUGGUGGUCAACGGGUACCAGAUGGUGAGAGAAGCUCUUGUCCACCAGGCUGAAACAUUUGCUGAUCGGCCAAAUAUUCCACUCCUCCAAGAAAUAUUUAGAGGCUUUGGGCUCAUAUCAUCCAACGGGCACAUAUGGAGGCAGCAGAGAAAGUUUGCUUCAGCAACACUGAAAAGCCUUGCUGUAAAUUUUGAGGAAAAAGUGCAAGAGGAGAGUCGGUACCUCGUGGAGACAAUUGAGGAGGAGAAAGGACAACCCUUUGACCCUCAUUACAAAAUUAAUAGUGCUGUUUCGAACAUCAUCUGUUCCAUAACUUUUGGGAACCGCUUUGACUACCAUGACAACCGUUUCCAGGAACUGCUGCACUCCCUGGCUGAAACACUGCUGCUCAUUGGAAGUUUCUGGGGCCAGCUCUAUAAUGCUUUUCCUUGGAUCAUGAGAUGGUUGCCAGGGCCCUUCAGGAAAAUCUUCAGGCACUGGGAGAAACUUCAAUAUUUUGUGAAAGAAGUGAUUGCAAAGCACAAGGAGGAUUUAGACCAGUCCGAGGCAGGAGAUUAUAUUGACUGUUACCUGAAGGAAAUAGAAAAGUUUAAGGGUGACACCAGCUCCUAUUUCCAUGAGGAAAACCUGCUGUGCUGCACCUUGGACCUGUUCUUAACGGGGACUGAGACAACGGCGACCGCCAUCCGCUGGGCUCUGCUCUACAUGGCCGCGUACCCCCACAUUCAGGAGAAAGUGCAGCAGGAGAUCGACGCCGUGGUUGGGCAGUGCCGGCAGCCCUCGAUGGCCGACAAGGAGAAGAUGCCCUACACCAGCGCCGUGCUGAGCGAGGUCCUGCGCGUGGGCAACGUGGUGCCCCUGGGGGUGCCCCGCAUGGCCACCAGCGACACCACCCUGGCCGGCUUUCACCUGCCCAAAGGCACCACCCUGAUGACCAGCCUGACUUCAGUGAUGUUCGACAAAAACGUGUGGGAGACUCCAGACACCUUUAAUCCUGAACAUUUCCUGGAAAACGGCCUGUACAGGAGACGGGAGGCUUUUCUGCCCUUCUCUGCAGGCAAGAGGGCUUGUCCCGGGGAGCAGCUCGCCAGGACCGAGCUCUUCAUCUUCUUUGUGGCCCUGCUGCAGAAGUUCACCUUCCAGGCCCCAGCAGCGCUGUCCUUCGCCUUCACGCUCAGCCUCACGCGCUGCCCCAAACCCUUCCAGCUCUGCGCCGUGCCCCGCCACUGAGGCAGGCCUGGGGCUGCCCCACAGCCCCCCGCAGCCUCACAAGAUGGGAACUCCCCUUCUCCUGGCCACCCCAGAAAUGUUGGGCUGAAAUGAUGGGUUGGUGGGGAGCAGUUCACCUGAAGCACAGCAGAAAGGGAACAGCAGAGGGUGUUGGAAGGGUCCUGUCUGCGGCGGCUCAGCGCUGGCCCUCAGGAAGGAAGUGUUGGAACAGUGGCUUUGUGGUGGGAAAUCACGAGUUCGGCACUUUCCCUCUGCUUCUGGCAAAGAUUUGUGUCUGUGUGUGACCAGCAUGGGCAUAGCUGGGGGCUGAGGGAGCAGCUGGGACAGGGCAUCCUGCAUGAUGGAUGCAGCUUCUUCCUAUGCCAGGCCUCUUUGCAUAAGAGUUAAUUAAAUAUGCAACUUGUAGAGAAUUUUUCCAU